AUGAGUAGCACCAAGCGUCUCACUGAUGCCUUUUGGCUUCAGUUCGAGUGGAUCCCGGUGCUGAUCACGGACCGCAGUCACCACACAGGCAGAGACCGGAAGCGCGCCAUGCUGUUUGUGCUGCUGCAUGCUUCGUUCCUGAUGGUUCUGUGUGGCCACUUUAUGAGCGUCAUUGUGUCGUGGGCACUCGCGUUCGUCCUCCAGUCCGGAGCGAUGGUGCUGUGCGUGACGCACCUCGCCUUGCUUGAGGAGUACGCAGAUUCUAUGAAAAACGCACUAGAGCUAGAGCACAUGAUCAACCCUCUCAUCAUCGCCGAGGUCGCGGUGCGAUGCUUCGCUUCUCUGCAGUGUGUUCUAACUGGCUCGUGGAUGCUUCUACUCGCUGGCAGUAUAGAGCUUGCAUACGACCUCCAUGUGACACAGCACCGCUCGCUGCUGAUUGAUGCGGCGACUAUUUGGAAGGAGCUUGAAAUCUUUCGCACCGAUGGACGUGUCCGCACUGCGUAUCAGGUACUGAUGGUGCUUUUCGCCAUCUUCUACUUCAUCUACUCGUUCUCAACCGCGUGA